CGCAACUGAUUAUCUUAAUGUCAAACGGAUCCAUUAUAUUUUUUAUGUUAAUAUAUUUAUGUUUCUAUUAAAAUAGAUAAAUUUUGUUAAAAAUGUCGAGUGAUUAUUUCUUUAGAAAAUGGAAGGACACAUUAUCUCAUUUGGAUGAUAUAGUGGAAAUCGAUAGUUUUUAUCAGGAGAUAAAAGUGAACGAUAAAACUCUUUGCCAAGCCUCUGAGAGGCUCUCGGGAAUGCUGGCCCUGUACAUCGCAGCCUUCAACGAUGCACUGGACUGCAAGCAACACAACGCGCAAGUCCAGAAAACACUUUACAUGGAGAACGUUGUCCACGCUGUUUCUCAGAGAAUCCUAGAACUCAAGACACAACUGCGUAAACUAGACGGGAGCAACUACCAGUUCCUAGCUAACGGCGCACGAGCACACAAGAUGUCUCCUUACGAGGCCGAGUUCAGUGGGACACCUGAUGAUGCGCCGAGAUCAGAGCUGUUGGACGCCAAGCUAGAGGAAAUAUUCAGAGCUGCGAAGGAAGAGAGAGAACGGAUUCGACUUGAACAAGAAAGAAAAGAGCAUGAAAAGGAAGGAGGUCAAGAGGCUGCAUGUUGGUGGGACGCUGAAGAGAUAGAGAAAGACAAGGAAGUUGAUGAUAAAGAGAAAUUAACAGAAGAGCAACUUAAAACGAUAGAAAUGGCUGCUAUGAUUCAGGCACAUGAAAGAUCCAGACAAGUCAUACGCAACAACACAAAAACAAAACAACAAAGAGAGAGGUGGGCGAAAGAGUUGGAGGGAGAGAUGCCGCCACCAGCGCGAUGGGAGUUGAGAGAUAGAGCGGCAAAACUGAUCCAGAUGGCAGGAAGAAUAUAUUUCGAAGCUAAAAGGAAGAAAAUCGAUGACUGUAAUCGUGAUAAGCUACUGGACAUACAGUACUGUUUACCACCCCAUUUGACAAGCAAACCUAAAUCUGAUAAGUUAAGAUCGUAUUGGACCGACACACGGAAGAAACAUACAAAAGACUGGAGAGUUUCAUUUGACACUUUCAAACAGAUUUACUUAAAAGAGCAAACUGCAGAACUAACUGAAUAUUACAGAGACGUUGUACGAGACUGGUUCUAUUCGUGGUUUCGUGAAAUCCAGUAUAUCCAUGACAUACCCGAAGAGACCGAAGGCGGGAUAGUGGCUAUAAUAAAGGACGAGAUGACCUCUCCUGGUGAAUGGCUUGAAGAGUACAAAAAAGCUCUUGAAAAAGAAAAGGCUGAUAAAGGGAAGAGCUCUCAGGAGAAAAAAUUUGCUGCUCAACAAGCGAAACGGGAGAAGAUGAUGCAGAAAAAGGAAGAACAAAUGAAAUUAAAGGCGCAAGCUCUUAUGAUGAAGAAACUAAUGAAAAACCCGAAUCAACAUCCCGGGUAUAAUUAUCCAAAAUCUGAUAAAUUGACUUAUAUUGUAGAGGCAAUGGAAAUAUAUCACACAAAUUGGGAUGAGCUAGAUGAAACAGAAAUAAAACUUGUUAAGAAAGGAUACAUAAAGGAUCUCGAUAUUUCUAAUGCUUGCAAAGAGGUUAAGACAGAAGUUUGCGAUUACGUUGAUGAGGACAUGAAAAAAGAGCUGAAACUACUGAGAGCAGCUUUGAAGACUGACUACACGAACAUGGGCGAAAAGAUGUUAGAACCAUUAAAAACAAAGAACAAGAAAGGAAAGAAGAAAAAGAAGCUCGAAGCUACAAUGAGUGAACAUAUUGCUGAGCAACUUCACGGCUUAGCUGUGAAAGAUAUUCUUAAACAGUAUCCUCGGACUUCGUUGGAAAACUUCUUUGGGGAUCAGAAUUUAGUUGGAGACGAUAUCCGCUGCUACUAUGGUCAAGCCUUGGCGUACGCUGGUGAAACCCGAAGCUUGUGGUGGGAGCGCUGUCGGGAUGUCGUCCACGGGAACCACAGGGUGCUCAUUGUUGGGCCGCCACGCAGCGGGAAGACUACGCUAGUUCACGCUCUGGCGUCGUUAAAUGAUGCGGUACUAUUCGAAGUAGAUCCCUGUGAGAUUCCAAGUAUUAUGAUAUCGGCAGUUUACCUGCAGCCCCUGGUGGCGGCCAUUGGCAAAUGUGCCGAAGUGUGUCAACCGUCCGUUAUCUUUAUCAAGAAUAUUCACAAGCUUUUCUAUAGCAAGAAACCUAAAGAAAUGGCCGAAGUUAAUACUAAUUUACUGACUUAUUAUUUCAUUAAAAAGUUGUUUAAGAGAUUCAACAAAACUGAUAAAGUGACAAUAAUAGGCACCUGCGUAGAACCCUGGCUGGUCAAAGCUGCCAAGCUUCUGAAACAGUUUCCAGUAGUUGUGCCCAUUCCUGACACGUGCUAUUCAACUGUCUACAAGAUAUUGUACGAGUGGGUCACCAAUGAACACAGCAUACCCAACGACCUGGACAUUCAGAGUUUAGCCCGGGAGCUGAAGGGCUACAGUCUCGGCUACAUCCAACAGUGUCUGAGGAACUUCCUGACUCCUGCGAGGAUCGUGCAUAUCGCAUCACACGGAUUGAAACCCCAAGAUGUCUACGAUUUCAUACUGGAAGACAACGAGGAGAUAAAAGUUGAAUAUGAAAAGUACCUGAAGUGGUACUUCGACAAGACUGCCUGGGGUCAGAAAGAGAUGAGACACUAUGAGGACCAGCUGGAGUUCAAGGCAGCAUUGGACAAGUACGCAGAGGCUGCGGCGAAGAAGAUGAAGACAAAAAGUGGCACGAGCAGUGCCGCUUCUUUGAAGUGAUGAACAUAAUAUAACAAAAUAAAAUUUUAAUAAAUUGAUACAUUUUCCAGCCGCCUGUCUACUUCAGCUUCGCCCACCAGUGGGUCCACGGUAAUUUUGUAUUUUCUUUUAAUUAUUAAACCUUGUCACUCGAAAUUAGUUUUGGAUAAUAAACAAAAAU